UUUCAAAAUAUUAUUAUUUAUUACAAAAAAUAUACACAAAUUGUGUUUAAAAUUGAUUUAAUAGUGAAGUGAAUGAUAAAUGUAUUUAUGAAACAUUGAUAUGCAAUACAAAUGACAAACAAAUGUAUAUUUUAACGAUAUUUCGGCUAAUUUUGUGACAUUUGUUAUGAAAACAAACAUUGAAUUGAUUUUUGGAUUUAAUGUUUAAAUUAAUGACAAAUAAAGACAAACGAAAAGCGAUUAGAAGUUUACAGAAAUUUAAAUGUUUUUAAUAAAAGUGGAAAUAAUUUAUUAAAAUAAUUAUUGACACAAAACACAACUCAAACAUCACUUUGUCUUCAAAUGUCAUCAAAGCAUCGGAUGAUGGGAUCAAACAAUGGCACGAAUGGCGACGGAAUCGAUAACUCGAAGACUAAUCUAAUCAUCAAUUAUUUGCCGCAACAGAUGACAGACCAGGACUUCCGGGUUCUGUUCGCACAGAUCGGUGACAUCCGGUCGGCGAAGAUUAUCCGCAAGAAAGCCACGGGUUAUUCGUAUGGAUUCGGUUUCGUCGACUAUCUCCGGCCCGAAGACGCCGAGAGAGCCAUUCACUCACUUAAUGGCCAUUUGGUUGAACACAAGAAGAUUAAGGUUGCGUUCGCGCGGCCGUCGGGAGAGAGCAUAAAACAGGCCAACCUUUACGUCAAGAAUCUUCCGACCAAUUAUAGCGAACACGACGUCCGCGAACUCUUCGCUCCCUUCGGGGCUAUCAUUCAGUGCCGAAUCGUCGGCAACAGAGGCGUCGCCUUUGUUUUGUACGAUCUUCACGAACAGGCGAUCGCAGCCAUCGACCAAAUGAAUGGCAAAGUACUUCCCGGAGCCGUCGCCGGGCUUAAUGUCAAGUUCGCCAACGAUAACAACCAAAAGAAUCGGAACUCAAAUAACAACCCGAAGAGCAAUCGGGGCUCAGGAAGUCCUUACGGGGCGUCGAGGGGUUACUCAUACUCUCAUAUGCCAUACGAAGCUUACACUUCUUCGGGA